AUGUCAGUUUUAAUAGAGACUACCCUCGGAGACUUAGUGGUAGAUUUAAAUGUGAAUCUUUCCCCGAAGACCUGCGAGAAUUUUCUUAAACUCUGUAAACUUAAAUUUUACAACAACUGCGAGUUUUACAAGAUAGAGAAAGAUUUUAUUGCCAGAACUGGUCGAUCUAAAAAGUACGGUAAUUCUUCACUGCUUCAAGUCAUGGGAAAUCAAGAAAAAGUAAAUACAUUUUUUGAGUCUGAAAUCACACCAAAGUUGAGACACAAAAAAAAGGGAGUUCUAGGGAUGGUUAAUGACACUUCCAAGAGUUCUUUGGGUUCAGAGUUCUACUUUACAUUGAAAGACGAUUUAACUUAUUUGGAUGGACAUCACGUAAUUUUUGCUCAAGUGGAGGAAGGAACUCAAGUUUUAUCUAGACUAAAUGAGGUUAUUACGGAUGAAGAUUCUAUCCCUUUGCAAAAAGUGAUGAUUCUUCACACUUAUAUCUUGGAUGACCCCUUUGAAGAUUCUCCUGAACUCUUGGAUAUCAUUCCUCCAGACUCACCUCCAGAAGAAACUGACCCUUUGACUAAAAUCUGUCAACAGGAUCAAGUUAAGGUUCUUAACUCAAUUAGUGAAAGAGAAGCUAGGUCUAGAGCCAUAACUUUGGAGAUUCUAGGAGAUAUCCCAGAUGCUGACAUGAAACCCCCGGAGAAUGUUCUCUUUGUUUGCAAACUCAAUCCAGUGACUCGAGAUGAUGAUUUGGAGCUCAUAUUUUCAAGAUUUGGAGAAGUCAAGUCCUGUGACAUUAUUCGGGAUUACAAGACUGGAGAAUCCCUGCAGUAUGCAUUUAUAGAGUUUGAAACUAAACAGCAGUGUGAACUGGCAUUUAUGAAGAUGCAGAAUGCUGUCAUUGACGAUAGAAGGUAA